AUGAGCAUAUGCUGUUGCUCAAUCUCUAAGCCUUCGUUUCUGAAUGGCGAGCACUAUUUCAUCUCCCGAUUGGCCUCAAACCCUAGGACUUUCACCAAGCCCGUUCAGCUGUGCGGUGUUCGAGCUCAUGGCAAAGGUCCUAGGUUCAAGGCGGCAUAUAACGACGGAGUCGGAAUUACUUUCCCCGAUGAAUCGGUUUCUGAUCGGACCGCCGCGCUUGAUGCAGAGCCGGUGGCUGAAGAACAUGGCAUGACCAACACAGCCGCUAGCCCCACAAUUGAUGAAUCUUCGAAAGGCCGAAAUCAGAUUCGGUCGAAAAAAUCACAAGCGAAUGGAGGAAAUGAAGAGGAAAUUGAUGGAGAAAGGCGGUUCAAACUGCGAAAUGGACGAGAGGUGUUUGAAGAGAAAGCUUAUCUAGUUGGUGUGGCAAGGAAAGGCUUUACAGAUGGUGCCUUUGACAUAGAGGAAUCACUUAGUGAAUUAGAGCAGCUUGCCGAUACAGCUGGAUUACGUGUUGUUGGCUCUACUUAUCAAAAACUUGCUACACUGAAUCCCAGGACAUAUAUAGGAUCAGGGAAGGUUGCUGAAAUUAAGAGCGCAAUACAUGCAUUUGAUGUGGAGACGGUGAUUUUUGACGACGAACUUUCACCAGGACAACUGCGGAACUUGGAGAAAACCUUUGGUGGAGAUGUUAGGGUGUGUGACCGUACUGCUCUAAUCCUGGAUAUCUUCAACCAGCGAGCAGCCACCCGUGAAGCUUCUUUGCAGGUGUCACUGGCUCAGAUGGAAUAUCAACUACCUCGGCUAACGAGAAUGUGGACCCACCUUGAGCGCCAGGCUGGAGGACAGGUGAAGGGUAUGGGUGAGAAACAAAUUGAGGUUGAUAAACGUAUCUUAACUGACCAGAUUGCUGCUCUCAAGAAAGAGAUAGAGACUGUCCGUAAACAUCGCAAGCAGUACAGAAACCAACGUUCUGCUGUGCCAGUCCCAGUUGUGUCUUUGGUUGGGUACACAAAUGCUGGAAAGAGUACACUUUUGAAUCGACUGACUGGAGCUCACGUUCUUGCUGAGGACAAAUUAUUUGCUACUCUUGAUCCUACUACAAGAAGAACGAAGAACGGGAAGGAAUUUCUUUUAACAGACACUGUCGGCUUCAUUCAAAAAUUACCAACAACACUGGUAGCUGCUUUUAGGGCAACUCUUGAAGAAAUAUCCGAGUCAUCACUUCUGGUGCAUGUUGUGGAUAUAAGCCAUCCACUGGCAGAGCAACAAAUAGAAGCCGUUGACAAAGUUCUUGCAGAGCUUGAUACAUCUUCGAUUCCAAAAUUAAUUAUUUGGAACAAGGUCGAUAAUGCACGGGACCCUGGAAAAAUCAGGUCUGAAGCCAAGAAAAGCGCAGAUGUCGUAUGCAUAUCUGCUUUAACUGGUGAAGGGCUAGAUGAUUUCUGCAAUGCAGUUCAAGAAAAGCUAAAGGAUAUGAUGGUGUGGGUGGAAGCUCUGAUUCCCUUUGAGAAAGGGGAACUCCUGAGCACCAUACAUCAUGUUGGCAUGGUUGAAAAAACAGAAUAUGUCGAGAAUGGAACCGUUGUACGUGCUCACGUUCCUUUGCGCUUUGCACGGCUUCUGACUCCAAUGAGACAACAGACGCUCGUGUCAUAA